GUGAAGCGCAGCGUAAAUAAGAAAGGGAGUGAGUUUAUAUACAGUUUUAUGCAGACGCAUUUUUCUUAAGUUAAUUAUUCCUAGAGAGAGAAGAGAGAGAGUCCUUACCGGAAAUGGAAGCAGAAGAUGGGCCGUUUAAGAAACAAGGAUCCGUUCCAUUCAAAUGGGAGAUCCGACCCGGUGAGCCCCGGAGCAAGAACGAUCCGUCUUGCCCGGAACUUGACCGGAAGAAACCGUCGGUGACCAACCGGAGCCGCUCCGAUUUAUACACGCCUAAGAUGCUCAGGCCUCCGCCCGCCGGCCGCCUUUACUACCAGCCUGCUCCUCCCGCCGAGCCGCGCGCCCGCUCUUUCAAAUCCGCCCCGUGCCCUGCCCGGCAAGAGCGUUGCGGGUCGAGCACCGCCCGUGCCCGACCCGUAGCUGCGGUGUCCUCGGAUGGGUGCCUCCCGUUCCCGUCGUUGCUGAGGUGCGCAACGGGCGGGAAGGAGAGAAGCACGACGAAGUCCCGACGACCGGAGUACUUCUCCGACGUCGAGACGCCGUCGAGACGCUCGGUUUCGAGUUUCAAGUCCCUAUCACAUUUCACCGAGUCGCCUGUGUCGUCGUAUUUCUCGUCGAGCGGGUCCUCCCCGCCCCGCCCCUUGAACCGGUCCGAGUUCCCAGGGUUUCCUCCGUUAGUGGUGCCCGGAGGGCGUAGUUCAAGUGAUCAAUAUGGUGUGCAAUAGGACGCUCUGGCUUGGUCCUACUCCGGAUGAAGACAGUGCAUGCGUGAUGUUUAUAUUUUGCAUAAGGUAUGAGAGAACUCUAGUAUUGGAUUCCUCACGUUAAAAUUCAAUUCGCUUGAUCACGUGAUCGUUGGGUCAAUUCAGAGGGGACCUUCGGAGAUAGGGCGUAUCUUUUUUUUAGGUGGUGGUGGGAGAAUUGGAGGUUCAGUUUCAUCAUGAGGCCACAUUUUCAACAGGGAUGAUGCUGCGUCAGAGGAGGGAGGAGAGAGAAGAAGUGAGUGAUUUAAAUGGGUGCGCCAAGUAGGCAUACACGUAGGAUAGGUAACUGGGUAUUAACCUAGAAACUGGCUAAAAUACCAUGGGUGAAAGAAAGUGUUAAGUUGGAG